AUGUCAGAAGUGCCAACUUCUGACUUUGCCAUGAACAGCAAGAUUCGUGUGGUUGUGCGUGUACGGCCUCAGCUUGCGUCGGAGAAGACGCACUCGUGCGCAACCUUGCAGCUGGACAACCAGUCCGUGCGGCUCGGCGUGACGGAGCGCAAGGAGUUUCGGUUCGACCAUGUGUUGGGGCCAUCGGCAUCGCAGAAGGAGGUGUAUGACACGACUGGCGUGGCGCAGUCGAUUGCGAGUGUGCUGGAAGGGUACCACGCCACACUGUUUGCGUACGGCCAGACAGGGUCUGGGAAGACGUACACGAUGGAAGGGUUUGAAUACGAGAGAAUAGCCUCGUCUAGACCUUCGGAGCGCGCCCAUACAAAAGCCAAGAUUGAUGUGUCGUCGGAUCGGUUGGGGAUUGUUCCGCGGGUGAUUCUGGAGCUGUUUGCUGCACUCAAGACGGCAGCUGUGGUCAAAAACAAGGCAUACCAGGUGAAAAGCUCAUUUGUCCAAAUUUACAAUGAACAAAUCUUGGACCUGUUCAAUCCAUCGUCGAAACGGUGCCUCAAGCUGCGGUGGGCCGCCGAGUCGGAGUUCUUUGUCGAAGACUUGAGCUUAGUCGACAGCGCCACGGGCCAAGAGAUGUUAGUCAAGUUCACCGAAGGCGUCAAGCAAAAGAUCAUGGCGUCGACUAAUAUGAAUGCCGCGUCGUCGCGGUCGCAUUGUAUUUACACCAUAUACGUCGAAAGCAUCGACUUGGAGAACCCCGCGUUGGUCACAACCACCAAGCUGUGCCUGGUGGAUUUGGCCGGGUCAGAACGCGUUGUGAAGACCGGGGCGACAGGAGUGACGUUACAAGAAGCGAUUGGGAUCAAUAAAUCACUGUUUGUCCUCCGCCAAGUGAUUCAAAUUUUGAGCGACGAGGCCAACAAUGCUCCAAAUGCAGCCAAGCCGCACGUGCCGUACCGAGACUCCAAGCUAACGUCGCUAUUAAAGCACAGUUUGGGGGGAAAUAGCAUCACGGUCAUGGUCGUGUGCUUGUCGCCGAGCGAUUUAUGCUACGAAGAGAACCUGAGCACCCUUCAGUACGCCGCGCGAGCUCAACAAAUCUCCAACACGCCAGUGAAAAAUGCAGGCGAAGCGCACAAAGUUCUCGUCCAGCAACUUCGCGAUACGAUUCGGUCGCUGCAAUCUCAAUUGACAGAGGCCCAUUUGACGAUAGAUCGACUACAGCGUCGGACCAAGUCGUUUCGACCUUGUAUUCCUAUCGACAUGGAGUUGCAACCUGUGGCAGGCAGCAGUACAAGUAGUACUAGUAGUACUGGUAGUACGACCGCACCUCCAUCCACAUCAUUGGAAAACAACCAAGUCGAACCACAGGUACAACAGCAAGGUCACGGAGUUGCCGUGCAAGUUGCUGCACCACGUCUCAGAAGUCCACCGUGGUGGCUGGGGGGCGCCUGGAGUUUGUUUCGAGAGAAGGCGCCCAAUCGGCUACCCCUUCCACUGGACGACGACACAUACCACUCAGUGCCGUCCAUCCAUCCCAUGGCAACGUGGUCGUAUCCAGGUGCCUUGGCUUAAUUUAACUUUCGUUACGUGACUAAUCUUCAAUCCCUACGCUGCUUUUCGCCUUCGACUGUUGUUGUGGAGCGUCAGGUGCAUCAGGUCCGUGUUCACGUUCAUCGUAUCGAGCAGCAACGCUUGCAUGUCUUGGCCCAAAAUCGACAAGUCAAACCCGUCUGCUGUCUCGGACGUCCAUUUUAGAAUUUCUUCGCGCACUUUUUGAACCAACCUAACCACGAUCCAAGAACGAAAA